GACGUCUUGAUAACUUUUUAUUUUUAAACAUUAGAUAAAUACAAAAUAAAAUGUCAAAUACAAUUAUAGUUACUAACGAUAAUUUAACAAAAAUAUGUAGAAUAUGCUUAAUGGAGUACGAAGAUAUGCAUUCAAUUUUUAGUGAGAUACAAAACGUUGAAAGUUUAGAGGAGGAAUCGACCUUUUUAUAUGAGAUUCUAAUGAAUAUUUCUUCAAUAAGGGUUUUAGCAAACGACGGUUUACCUACAACAAUUUGUACAAAUUGUAUGGAGCUGGCUCACACCUCAUUUAAAUUCCAACAGCAGUGUAAUCGAUCGCAAGAAAUUUUGGAGAAAUAUAUUUUACACGCCAAGGCUGGCGGGGAACAAAGCGAAGCCGUUAAGGAUGAAGAGGUGUUAAAUUUCCUUGAUGCGAAUGUGUCCUCCUCAACUCGUGCAUUAGUGUCAGAUAAAUGUGAAAUGGAAAACGUUACUAGCGAUGCGGUCUUUCCAUAUGUAGAAUGUGAUAAACUCGGCAGUGCAGAGGAAACGGAAACGAAAGUAUUAGAUGCGGUUAAAGUUGCCGCAACUGAAGACAACAAGCGCUUACGUCAAAGACUAGCUCUCAAAAGAAUACAAGCGGAUACCAAUGUUAAAGAAGAACCGGCCGCAUAUGUAAUGAAAGUCAAUGAAAACGGAUUGAAAUUGUAUGAAUGCAGUUUUUGUAGAAAAACAUACAAACAUUCAAACAGUUUAAAGGUGCACUUACGUAGUCACACAUUGGAACGUCCGUAUGUAUGUAAUCAGUGCGGUAAAGGAUUCAAGCAGUAUGGUGCACUUACUUAUCAUUUUCGUAGUCAUACUGGGGAGCAACCGUAUGUUUGUAAAAUUUGUGGUAAACGGUAUCGACAGUCUGGAACAUUAACAGCUCAUAUGCGAAUACAUACAGGACAACGCCCAUUUUUGUGCUCUGUUUGUGGACGAGGUUUUAGGCAAGCUCCCGACUUAGGAUAUCACAUGCGCACACAUACAAAAGAACGGCCAUACAUGUGCAACGUGUGCGGGAAAACUAUGAGGAUGCAAUGUCAUUUAGUGCAACAUCUCAGAAUUCACACGGGCGAACGGCCUUUUAAAUGCAUGGAGUGUAGCAAGGCGUUUCCAUCGUCAACCAGACUGAAGAGACAUGCCAUUAUUCAUACUGGCUUGAAACCGUACAUAUGUGAAGUUUGUAAAAAGGCUUUCAAUCGUCUCAGUAGUCUAAGGGUGCAUGCAAAGAUUCACACCGAUGAGCGUCCACAUGUCUGUUCAUUUUGUGGAAAAGGCUUUAUUCAAGCACACGCUCUUAAAACUCAUAUGAAUUUACACUAUGACGAAGAAAUACCUAAAGUACAGUAAAUUUUCAUGUAACAAUAGAUGGCCAGUUUAUUCGCCUUUCAUUGAAAAUGCCGUGCAAUUUAUGCCAUUUGAAGUAUUUGAACAAAGUUUGAGAAUAGUUAUUUAUUUAUUGUAUCAAUACUUACUGUAGAUAUUAACGGUAGAUUAUUAGUUAAUAAACUUCUACACACUUU